ACAGACAUUUUAGCGAACAAUUUUUGGCAAACUUGCUAGAGCUCACAGUAGACGACAAAUCAAUCAAAGUGGAGCAGACACUACCACUGCCCCUCCGCUCCAAAUAUCGCCACGUGUUCCCCCAACGGCCACAACCAUCUUCCAUAACUAAACCAGUUACACAGAACACCUCUCUUUUCCUUGUCUACCUCCUAUUUCGAAGCUCUCUCACUCUCUCUUCAUACCGGCGGUGUAUACUAUCGUGUCCGGUUCCGCUAUGGACGCGGCCCCGCAGCUCGUCUACGGCGGAAUCGAUCUCCGCAAGUUCACCGUACCUACGCGCUAUGCAUCACCGACUAGAGUUACGGUUAGGAAACGAAAUAGCCAGGUUUACGCCGUCGCCACUGAGCCGAAACCUGCUCAAACUGGACCUGAUAAAUCCUCUUCAUCUACAAAUCUCAAUGGCUCAUCGAGAUCCACUUCUUCUAAAACUGUUAAUGGAGUUUCUUCGAGGUCGUCGCCAUUGAAACCUGUCAACGGAGCUUCCACUAGGAUCGGAGAAGUUUCGCAGGAGAUCAAAAGAGUGAGGGCGCAAAUGGAAGAAAAUGAACAGUUGGCUAUACUCAUGAGAGGACUUCGAGGCCAAAAUUUAAGAGAUGCUCAGUUUGCCGAUGACAAUGUUCAGCUUAGACUAGUUGAGCUAGAUGAGAGCAGUGAGUUCUUACCACUGGUAUAUGAUCCUGCUAGCAUUUCUGCUUAUUGGGGUAAAAGGCCACGGGCUGUUGCAACCAGAAUUGUCCAGUUACUCUCUGUUGCUGGGGGUUUUCUCUCUCGUCUUGCUUUGGAUGUUAUAAACAAGAAGGUUAAAGAGAAUGAAGUUGCUAGAGCCAUUGAAUUAAGGGAAAUUGUGACCUCUUUGGGCCCAGCAUAUAUAAAACUUGGUCAAGCAUUGAGCAUUCGUCCAGAUAUACUGUCACCUGCUGCAAUGACUGAGCUUCAAAAGCUCUGCGAUAAGGUUCCUUCAUUUCCAGAUGAUAUAGCAAUGGCUCUUAUCAAUGAGGAGCUUGGCCAGCCAUGGCAAAAUAUCUAUUCUGAGCUUUCUUCUUCGCCAAUUGCUGCAGCAUCUCUUGGACAGGUAUAUAAGGGUCGACUAAAAGAGAAUGGGGACAUAGUGGCUGUCAAAGUACAGAGGCCUUUCGUUCUUGAAACAGUGACAAUUGAUCUGUACAUUAUACGGAACUUGGGUUUGGUUCUCCGUAAGUUUCCUCAGAUAUCUAUAGAUGUUGUUGGAUUGGUUGAUGAAUGGGCAGCUCGCUUUUUUGAGGAACUAGAUUAUGUUAAUGAAGGUGAAAAUGGAAAUCGAUUUGCUGAAAUGAUGAGAAAAGACCUUCCACAGGUUGUUGUACCGAAAACCUAUGAAAAGUAUACUUCAAGAAAAGUUCUUACUACGCAAUGGAUUGAAGGAGAAAAGCUCUCACAAAGUACCGAAAGUGAUGUUGGAGAACUUGUCAAUGUGGGAGUGAUAUGCUAUUUAAAGCAGUUACUUGAUACUGGAUUUUUUCAUGCGGACCCUCAUCCUGGGAAUAUGAUUCGCACUCCAGAUGGGAAGCUAGCCAUUCUUGACUUUGGUCUAGUCACAAAAUUAACAGAUGAUCAGAAAUAUGGAAUGAUUGAAGCUAUUGCCCAUCUCAUACAUCGGGAUUAUUCUGCUAUUGUCAAAGAUUUUGUUAAACUUGAUUUCAUUCCUGAGGGAGUUAAUUUGGAACCUAUCUUGCCAGUCUUGGCUAAGGUUUUUGAUCAAGCACUUGAGGGUGGAGGAGCAAAAAAUAUAAACUUUCAGGAGCUAGCAUCAGAUCUAGCUCAAAUAACAUUUGAUUAUCCAUUUAGGAUCCCCCCCUAUUUUGCUCUCAUAAUUAGGGCAAUAGGGGUGCUGGAGGGUAUAGCUUUAGUGGGGAAUCCUGAGUUUGCUAUCGUAGAUGAGGCCUACCCCUACAUUGCUCAGAGGCUCCUCACUGAUGAAUCUCCUCGUCUAAGGAAUGCUUUGCGAUAUACAAUUUAUGGAAAAACUGGUGUUUUUGACGCUGAAAGAUUCAUUGAUGUGAUGCAAGCCUUCGAGACUUUCAUCACUGCAGCCAAAAGUGGUGGAGGAGAAAGUUUGAAUGGGAACAUGGCUGAGCUUGGCAUUCUGCAACGUCAAACAGGUAAUAUGGUCCCUGGAUUUCCACUAAUGGCAUCUCAAUCAACACAGCCAAUUCAAACUAGGGCGGCCUUAUCGUUUCUGCUUUCUGAGAAGGGGAACUUUUUCCGAGAAUUUCUUCUAGAUGAGAUUGUAAAGGGUAUUGAUGCUGUUACAAGGGAACAGCUGGUACAAAUAUUGUCAAUCCUUGGAGUACGAAAUGCUCCUCCAGUUUUCAGCAUGGUACCCGGACCCUUUAGGCCUGCAGGACUUCUGCCGACAAUAACUGAAGAGGAUAAAGUUAUCUUGAAUAAUGUUCAGAAAAUACUUGAGUUCUUAACUGCAGGAAGUUCAUUAUCACAGGCAUCAAGUCAGGAUGUAAAUGUUGCUCGGGUUAUACAAGAGCUUCUUCCAGUUUUGCCAAGCAUCUCAGCCAGAGUGCUGCCUGAAGUUCUCUCACGCCUUUCAUCUCGUGUAGCAGCACGCAUAAUCAGAGAUACAUUUUUGUAGCUGUGAGAGAUCGUUUUAUCAUAACCUAUACUGAUCCCCCAAUUGUGCAUAGAUUUGUAUACGAAAGCACCAUGAAGAUCUUUUGUUGUAUAUCCACUAUCUAUUACUUGAGUAAAAAAAAAAAAAAAGAAAAAGGAACAUUCAGAUUCAUUUAAUUUUAUACGUGAAAAUGCAACUACACGUAUCUUUCUAAAUUGAAUAGCUUAAAUAAUCUUGUAUCAUGUAAUAGCAUCUAUGACUAAUUUUCUUAUCAAAAAUAACAGCUAAUAUUUGAGUAAUAGCUAUUAA